AUGAAGUUCAACAAGGUCUUGCACAUAGGUCAAGGAAAUGCCAAUAGCAAUUACAGGCUGGGCAGAGAAUGGAUUGAGAACAGCCCUAAAGAUAAGGACUUCGGGCUGUUGGUUAGUAAGAAGCUCAACAUGAACCAGCAAAGUGCACUUGUAGCCCAGAAAGCCAACUGUGUCCUGAGCUGCAUCCAAAGUAGUGUGCUCUAUGGAUAUUGUUACCAGGAUAGCAAUGACAUCCCAGACACCCUGACGACCAUCACUGAACUAGGCUCGCCUUUAGAGAUGAUUCAGCUUUUACAGACUUCCUGGGAAGACAGAUUCCGAAUAUGUCUCAGCUUAGUUCGGCUUCUGCAUUAUUUGGCUCACUCUCCUCUGGGCUCUGUGACAUUACUGGAUUUUCGCCCUCGGCAGUUUGUGAUAGUGGAUGGAGAACUGAAGGUGACAGACCUAGACGACGCCAGCAUCGAGGAGAGCUCUUGCACCAGUAACCGUGACUGCUUCAUGGAAUUCCCUGCGAGGAACUUCACCCUGCCCUGUUCGGUUGAGGGACGGUGUCAGAAUAUGAAUGAAAAGAGAAAUCUCUACAAUGCCUACAGGUUUUUUUUUACGUAUCUUCUCCCACACAGUGCACCAUCCUCACUGAGACCAUUACUGGAUAAGAUAGUCAAUGCAACAGGAGAGCUUCACUGGGGGAUAGAUGAAACAGCUGCUCAGUUGGAGAGGGUUUUGAAUCUGUAUAAGAGUGGAGAGUACCUACAGAACACAACUCGGAUGCCAAAAACUGAGUACAGACGGGUGCCUGAAGCUUUUAUUCCUGAUGAGAACUAUAGAUGCUGGCCAUCUUACCACCACAAGGGCUGCCUCCUCUCCGUGUUCGAUGUCAACGAAGCCAUCGAGAUCUGUGAAAGCUAUUCCCAGUGCAAAGCUUUCGUCUUAACUAACCAGACAACUUGGACAGGUCGGCAGCUUGUCUUCUUCAAGAUGGCCUCAACUCAUAUCGUGCCUGAUCCUGACAAGAUAACAUAUGUGAAGGUGACAGACUGACAGCUAAAGUGGCUCAGUCUGACCCGUGAGUGACAAGACCUGUUUGUGUAUAAAUAUAGGCAGCUGUUAGGUAUAAGGUGGCUAUGCCCGGAGAGAUAAUUGCACUAUUACUCAUUCUAAUCUAUAGAGUGCUAAACAAAACUUUAAAGAAAUAACCUGCAUGACCAGGAUGAAUGUGCAAUAAAACACUAUUUUGAUAAUGUGAUUUUUAAAAAAUAAAACAAAGUGAAGUACAAGAUACGAUACACUGUUAGAGUAUAAUUUUGGUUAAAAAUCAGCUGGCAGCUCUGGCUUUUCUAACCAAGGUUACCAUAAUGUUUCUGACCUGUCUGUGUGAGCACAGGGAUGAAAGCUGAUCAUUUAUUUGGGAAGUCUGUAUCCUCCACGCUGAUAUUUAUUUGGGCAGGUACAAUCACAACAGAGUAACUGGAGCAUACCAGUUUGUAAGCUGAACAGCAAACAUUUCUGAAGACAAUCAGCAUUUGUGUUAAAGCUAUCAAAUAU